CUGCUGCCCAACCUGCAGCAUCAACGCCCGCAUCCUCAUCUACGACUUCGGCCUCUGCAGCCGCUAGCCGAAAGAGAUCCAGUACCAGUCGACACCCACUCGACUCCCCUACCCAUAGCAUGAGUCACCCUUACCAACAACACCACUCUGCCAUCCCUGCGCUCUCAAAUAUCGACCCUGCACUAGAAGGCGUCGUCAAGCAUUUCGUACGCUCGGAGAAGUAUGCUCGCAAGAUAAAAUACAUCGUUCGAGCGACCUCAGUUCCAGGGCGGCAAAACUACAAAUUCGCCCCGGCUACAUCGUUGACGCAGCAGGAGACGAAAAUAUGGCGACAAAAUCUGAUGCAGGAUGAAGUCGCCUCCAACAACCCGUUCUGGACAGCUCGUUGGAUGAGGGUCUUUGGGAUCAGUCCGAAAUUGGAUGACAGCUUGCUCAAAGUGCCAUGGGUCAAGUGCGAAAGACCUGGUUCAAAUGAAGGCGAUCCCAAAUCUGCUACACCCUUGCAUCGAAAGGAAACGUAUUUGGAUCUACGGGAUGAACAGAAUAGGAAUUGGGCGAUGGACAGUUUUGCUACAGGAAUUGACCACGCUCAGAAAGGCCAGCUGGAUAAUGCGAUCAAGGCGUACAGCCAGGCAAUUCAGAUCGAUUCAAAGUGCUUAGAGGCCUAUAUCGCUAGAGGAUGCACAUUUGCUAAUAUGAGGAAGUGGAGGAAUGCUGUCAUGGACUUUCGUGCUGCAUUGGCGCUGGACCCGUCAAAUAUCUCGGCACGCCAGUAUCUGGAAACGACCAUGGCGCAGGAAGAAGAUCAUCGUCUCAAUCCAAUCAUGGAACCCAGGAUGUCGAAUGAUGUGUCCGCACUCACGAAUCCGACAUCAAUUAAUGGCAACGCUAAUUUGGACAACAUUAACGAGAUCGUUCUUGAUACGGAGGGCAUUGAGAACGUGGAAGGCGCCAAUAAAGGAAACACUGAGCGGAAAAAGAAGAAGAAAAAGAACAAGAACAAACGUCGAAAUCGACCCAGAGAUGACUUGGAUCAUUACGAUGGUAGUGAGCGCGCUCGAGACAUUGUACGGGACCGAAAUAGGGCACGAGAUCGGAGUCGAGGCAGGAGCAGGGACAGAAGUCGAGAUAGAAGCAGGGAUAGGAGCAGGGAUAGGAGCAGGGACAGAAGUCGCGAUAGGAGCAGAGACAGGAGUCGAGACAAGAGUAGGGACAGAAGCAGAGACCGAGCGCGUGACCGAGAUAACGACCGGUACUCUAGGAGGACGUCCCGUCGAGGCGGAUCACGAUCACGGUCUCCUCUUUCGCGAUCGAGGUCGAGGUCGCCGACACGUUCACGGCGACGAUCUAGAUCCAAAAGCCCAGCAACACGUCGCUCUAGACAACGAACACCAUCCCGACAGGGUAACAGUAGGAAGAGAUCCAAAUCUCCGCUUCGUUCUCGCUCACGUUCUCGCUCUCGCAGUCAUUCGCCAGCAAAGAGACAGGCCCGAGGAGAAACUCCGCAUCAGUCGGAAAAGCGCUCGCUUGAUGUCGAGAACCCCAAGAGUAAGAAGGACAGCAAGGACCAAGAGAAUAGCAAGGACCACGAGAAUAGCAAGGACAUCAAGGAUGCUAAUGGGGAUGUGGAGAUGGCAAUCGAACGCAAGAAGGAUGACGCUAUCUCUGGAAGGAUAGACGGAGACCAUUCCAGGAGUGAACGUCAUUCGAAAGAGGAACACCACGAGGCAACGAAACUAUCGAAGGAGCAUUCGGCUGAAGAGGGGAAAAAGAUCGACAAGCCUGCAGUUGAUGCAGCAGCGGACACCAGUGCGAAAGACAAAGCCAAGGAUGAUGAUAAGUUGCGCUCGCCAGUCGAAAAUUCCAGGCUAUCCAGGGAUCGGGAUACAUAUUAUGGCCGGGGUCGACGCAGGGACCGUUCGGCAAGUCCAUCGAAGAACAAGGCAGAUGACUCGACCAGCCAUCAGAGCCCUUCAAGAAGCCAAAGCCGUAUCAGAGACACCCAUGGCAGGAAGCUCAGUCGAUCGAGCAGUCAGCGCCCGCAUGAUAACAACACCAGGGCCCGUAGCCGUUCGAAUGAUCGUGACAGAAGUGGGAACGCUCGCCGAGAACGCAGCCAGUCGCAUAGCAGGACUAGAAGCGACCAUCGCGCUGGACGGAGUCGAUCUGAUAGUCGCACCCGGUCUGGUCAACAGAAGGACGGAAAGGAUCAUGCCAGCUCAGGUGCACACGGACGAUCCAACAAUCGAAGCCAGGCGAAUGCAGACAGGGAUCGGGAUCGCAGUCCUUCCAACAGUCGCAUUGGACGAGGCGGAAACAGAGCACGAUCACGGAGCAGAUCACCGUCCAAGCGGAACCGCGACAAGAAUGACAGCAGUAAUAAUGCUCGGGGCGGUGGGUCUGACUCUAAAGGCCAACAGGGACGAAAGAGAACGACUUCAAAAUCACCUGCUCGAGCUAGCGGCGGCGGCGGCGGC